AUGUCUUUAAGCUUCCAGUAUCUGCGUCUUACGAAGGACAACUAUGAUAGUCAGUCUAUUCGAGUAAAGGCGAUACUCUGUUCCCAAGGUGCAUGGGAAAUUGUCAGUGAUGGGUUUGUCGAACCUGACGAGGAUGCGGAGUUGAUCCCGAUUCAAAAGUUCGAGAAAAACAAAAGAAGGACCAGCAUGCUCUAUCUAUCAUCCACCAGUGAGGCAUGGGGAAUUCUCGAAAAUUCUCACAAAGGAGUUGAUAGGGUAAAGAAGGUGCGGCUUCAGAUUUUACGGGGAGAAUUCGAAGCUCUUCGUCAGGAAGCGUCGGAGUCUAUUUUAGUCUAUUUCACGCGGGUCUUCUCCAUCAUCAACCAGAUGAAGAGAAACGGUGAAAGUAUAGAAGGCGUUCGCGUGAUCGAGAAAAUUUUAUGUUCUCUACAUAAGAGAUUUGAUCAUGUUGUGGUUGCAAUCGAGGAGAAUAGAGAUUUGGAGAAUAUGUCCAUUGACGAAUUAAAUGGAUCGCUACGGGUGCACGAGGAGCGAAUGAACAAGCACAAGAAAGAGACAUCGGAGCAAGUCUUACUAGUCAAGCAUUUGUUUGCCGAAAGGGGAAGUGCAGUUUUAUGA